AUGUCCUCCCCAGACAGUGCCUUCCAGAAUCUCGCUCGCAUCUUCGCUACUAGGAACAAUCGCAUUCUCGAAAUCGAGAUCCUUCCUCCGGUUCUAGGCCCUCUCCUUCAGGAUGAUUGCUCAAUAGGUAUCACCAAGAAAUACUUGGUGCAGGCUUUUGUGACGGCUCGACGCAUAUUUUUCAAGGACCCCAUCUGUAGAUCGGAUCGUGACUCUUCCACGGCUUCCAAAGAUGGAGAUGCGGGCACGACGGCGAUAAACCCGGAGGAGAAAUUCGAAGACUUCUCCAUUUGUUCCGAGGUUAUUCUUCUCUUUGAUUGCGAACAUCUCACCGCGUGCAACUGGCGAAAGAAGCGACUGGCCAGCCUUAUACAGCGACAUGAGCUGGACCACGAUAACAGCGGUGCUUGGGAGACGCUGCUGCAGGCGCUACAUGCGGAAGUUUCUUUGAUGACAUCUUUUCUCUGCUCGCCACUGCACAGACACACCAAAUCGCCGACACUAUGGCAGCAUCGAUUAUGGGUCCUGGACAAGAUGCUGCGUUUGCGCGACAUCGACCGGGGCACUCUACGUAAUCUUCUUGAGGAGGAACUUGCUAUUGUGCUCCGCGCAGGGGAAUUACACCCCAAAAACUACUAUGCUUUUAGCUACAUGAGACAGCUGCACGGCAUACUGGCGGAGUACAUGCAGGGGUCUUCGAGUUCUCUCCGGUUGCUGGCUGAACCAAUCAUCAAGACAACGCUGAAUUGGUGCCAAUCACAUCCGGCGGAUAUAUCUGGUUGGAUGUUUGCUCUUUAUGUAUUGGAAAUGGUUGAAGACCGAGGUGUCCGGGAGAACGCGAUCAGCCGGGUAUCUCGCUUUGCCUUGGACAUCGGCUGGGAGGGAGAGUCUCUGUGGACGUUUGUGACUCUUGCUGCGAAAGCUUUCAACCUGACAGAACCGACCAGGAAGGUGACCCCGAUGGAUGAAUUCCCCUAG